UUUGUGUGUAAGUAAGUGUGCUUUAUUGCCAAACAAAAUGAGCAUUCAUUAUAAUUGUGCUGGGAGAUCUGUUAACCUCACAUUUAUGGCAUAGUUUAUAUAUAUAUAUAUAUAUACAUAUAUAUUCACUUUUCACUCCCCACCCCCAGAAAAAGACCUCAGAUCUUAACUGUAGUCAACUAUUCUUUUAUAACAAUUUUAGCUUGAAGAAAACUGGGCUGAAGUGCAAAGGUUUCAGUUCCCCACAAAAUCUAUGUUGGCUUAGCCUUUGGCUGUCCCAUUAAUCUUCUUUUUUUUUUCUCAAAAUAAAGUGCACUUGUUGAAAUGGACAGGGAAAUCAAACAAUCUAGUGCAUUUUCUUGAUUAAAAAAACAACAAUAGUUGGCUUCAGAUAUAAGUGCUCUAUUAUAGUCAGCUCUACUCUGGCUGUUUGUACAGAUAGUCUAUCUUAAGCCAAACUUGUAAAAAAAAAAUGAGUACAGCCUAAAAAAGUAAUAUCUUAUGUUACAGUGCAGUUGUACACUUUUAUAGGUCUUGUCCAAACAGUCAUAAAGUGCUCUUAAUAGAUUUCUUCUAUCUGUCAGCAUCUCAAAUGAAGUGCACCAUGCUAUCCUCACAUUCUUUUGGCACAGAAAGCUUGUAGUUAUGGCAAACUAGCUUAUAAUUUUCUCCACCAUUGUUGUCCCAGUAUUCAGCUCCACACACUUUGUACUUGAUGGCAAACUGCAACGCCGCACCUGGCUGCAAAAACGGUGGAGCAGGCAGGUGAAAUCGAAAUGUGUCACAACAGAGUUGCUCCCCUCCUUCCAAGGUCUUGGUGGUGGUGGAGACCCAAGAUGCUUUAGUUUCUGUGUAGCUUUUCCAAUCUGUAAAUGUAAAGCGUGCUGUAACUUCCUUCUCAAAGUGCAUAUUGAGGACUUCUGUGAUUCCCAUCACACCCAGUUCAGAACACAAGACUCUUUCCAGACAAACUUUCUGCUGCUUCAGACAAUGCAGGAAACCAGGCUUAUCACCAGGUUGCUGGUCAAAAACUGGCCUCAAGUAUGGCAAGGAUAUCUCCAUAUGCUUGCCAUUUGCUAAUUCAGCAGCCAUCAACAGUCUAAAUGUGACAUGAUAUGGUACAAAUGGAUCCUCUCCUGAUUUAAAAAACCUGAUAUCUUCCAGAUCAAGCCCCAAAGAAUCAACAAACCGAACACCAACAUUUCUGCAUUUCUUCUUAUUGGUGGUGGAAGGCAGAGAGCGGGACCGCUGUCUGAUGAUGGGUUUAGGUGGUGGUUCACAGGAGGGACUGUGAUGAAACUCUUGUCUCUUGGGCUGAGAGACUCUGGGGCUUGGCGGUCGAAUUGGAAUUGGCUUUUUUACUGCACUUGGUCGGUCAGCUCGAAGCAUGUCAGUCAGGUUGAUAGUCAAGCAGGGUCUAGUGACCCUGUUGCAAAAGCUGGAUAACUGCUCAUCAGAUUUUGAAGGACGAAUCCUCUCAUGUCCAAUAAACCAACCUUUAUCCAUGGUCUGUGAAAGCUGGUGUCCUGUUCACCUGUGAACAAAGUUUUGAAGCAUAAUGUGUCAGUAUAAUAAGACAGACACAAAUGUAAAGUGCGCUGGCAAGAAGCAUUUAAGAUAAUAACAGUGUUUUACCUAAAAAUGCUUGCUGUUGUGCUGCAAAUGCACUCAAAAGUGUUGUGCUGGGGUCAUAAAACAGCCAGGACCAGGACAGAACACUCUCGGCAGGAAAAAGAGUGGGCGUGUGCGCUGCACGUACGUGCCUCAGUGCAUUCAGCUCCCUGCUUACUCACAACAUUCAUGGAUCACUGAAAAGUGCCUUUUAUUACAUUGUUUAUAUUUUCAUGAAAGAAGAAACGGAUAUCAUUUAAAAAUAUAAAGAUAUGAAUCGUUUGUUACUCUUCAGAUGCAGGGUGUUGAUCCUCCAUUUAAUGAAGUGUGUAUUGAAGCUGCGCGUUUCCGUGCGCCUGGGAGUCCUUUCUGCGGGCAGUAUUUGCAUGACCUGAUUUAAAAGUCCAACAGACCAUCUCAAGUAUUAUUAUGGCAUACGUAUCAAAGUCGUAGGUCGAUGGAGAUCAGCAAUCAUGCGCGCAGUUAACAGGAAGCUAGAAGAGGAGCCGUGUGCUGUUGGUGUCGCAUGGGAGAUUGAGUUAUUUAAGGUUUACACGGGAAUUUGUGUUCGCUUCUUUAUCGUCCUCCCUGAUAUUUGGGUCAGCUGAUCCACCACUCCAAUUCUUCAUAGAUUAUUACUGUAAAUAUAUUUAUCAGAGAUAGUCUGUGUGUUUUAUUUGAAAGCGCGAUCGUUGCACUUUGACUUCAACUCCCAUAAUGCACCUCCAAUGCCCAAUACGAUCCAAGCGGUUAGCAGCAGGUAAACAAACCUAUCUGCUCCCGAGGAAGGCGAGCCAAACAAAGCGUAUGCGCUGUCUGAACGUAUUGCAUUUUUAAUGGCGAGGAAGAUGAUACUCUAUAUAGAGAUACUUCAGCUGUCACAGUUUCGUUAAAACAGACGCAGAAUCAUUUUUUUUUUCGUACAGGCGUGUCGACGGUUAACAGGACCCGUUAAACCUGCAGUGGAGAAACGAGCGUCGACAUCUGCGCAUGAUGCAUUGCAGCACUUUUGAGAAAAUGGGUGUUUUAAGCCUCAUUCUAAGAAUAGGGUACAUGAUCCGAGAUGUCGGCUGGGUUCUUUAGCUAACGUAUUUUUUAACUGACCUGGAUCCUAAACAACAUACCAUCUGUGCGACCUGCAACAUGGGGCCCAUCAUGCAGGAACGCACAGCAUCCACGACCCUGAAACGCGCCGUCUCCAAAGAGAAGAUCCGGGCAAAAAAUACUGAAAACAGCGUGCCAGUAGCCAGGUAAGACCCGUUUUAUAGUCACCCAUCCAAGACAAUAUUAAACAUGCCAUGUUAUGUUUGAAACAUAGGUUAGGGGCGGGCCUUAAAAGCCGCUUUCAUGUCUCCACAGUUCAAAGAAAGGGAACAAGAUAAAGAAAGGAACGGGUCAAAAAAAUGGCCUCCCGGGACCAGGACAUGAUAAGGACACACUUUCCACAGUUCAGAAGGUGAGAAAAUGCCAUUCUGAUGAACAAGAAGGAUGAUGGUCUAAAUAUUGUCUCAAGAACAGAAAGAGUAUAUGGGAAGUCAGGGAUGCAGCAUGUGUUGAGGUCAAUACAGUUCAUUCAACUACAGAGAAAAUAGUUAGAAAAAAAAUAUGAUAUGUGUUUUACAGGGUGCACAGUCAAAAGGAGGAAGGCUCAAGUCUGCCACUUCAAGAAAUACAAGCAAACUCUCCAGGUAAGUGUGCAGUCUUACCGAAAGCUUUGCCACAGUUCCCAUAAAUCCCCAAAUCCUAAACAGCUUUUCUUCAAACUUGUCUUUUUUUCCAGCCCCGAAGAAGAAGAUUUGAGACCUCCCCUCCGCAAACACUUAUCCAUGCACAGGAAAGAGGAGAAACGUGAAAAUCAACGGUUGUCACAAUGCAGCAAUGAGCUUCACCCUAAUCGCGGUGGGAUGGGGAAAAACCGGCGAGCCCUCUCCCUGCCGCUCUCUCCAAUAUCAGGUCUGCGACACUUGCCAUCACACUCUCUAACACACUCUCCAGUCCCCACCCCGGAGUCCCUACAGCAGUACAAUCAGAAAGAUGUUGAUACUGACAGUGCCAGUGAUCUGUCAGACUCUGAGAGGCUGCCCGUGCUGCCCUCUCCCUGUACCCCCUGUACCCCUCCUCACCUCAACCUCCGAGCCGAGGUCAUCAACACCAACGACUUUCCACCUGAUAUCCCAGGUCCCCCUGGAUGUGUGGGUGACGAGAGUGAGAGGGAAAAACCCAGCUACAGUUACUCAGACUUUCUGCCUCCUCCUUUUAACAGCUGGAGCCUGAGACAGCUGGCUGUGUUUCUUCACACAGAGGGCCGUGGAGCCCCCAGGCCAAAACCUGUAGGGCCUCUAGAAAAGUACCUGGAAAGGCUGCUGCAACUGGAGUGGCUCCAGAUCCAAACAGUGCAGGCAGAGAACAGCCGCCCACCCGGAACCCGUCCAAGACCACAGAGUUUCCCCUCUGCCACCGUCGCACAUCCACCCAGGCCUCACACUGCUCCAUCAUCUCGCUUAAACUCCCCUAAGGGGCUGCGGCAAAGCCAGCGAGCCUUCCCAUUCGCACCUGUUAACAACCCUCCAUCACCUGCUUCAGUCCAGCACCAGCACUCCCGCUUCCCAGUUUGCCCUCAUUGCCACAUUCGCUACCCACUGUGUAAUGGAAGCUGCUCUUCUUAUGCCUACCAGCGGCACUCACGGCUCAGUCCACUGCUAGAGCGCAGAGCCAGACCUGGGGCACCAGCAAAGCGUAGCAGUAGUGAGACCCGAGCCACUUCCACAGAGGGUAGAAGCCCAGGAGGACAAGGUGGUGGAGGGGGAGGAGGAGCCCAGACCCCUGUUAGCCCCUCCGCUGGACGGAGUCAUCUCAGACACAUGCAGGCUGCAGGCAAUGCCCGCAAGCAACCCCAGGAAUCUGGAAGCAACACAAACAGCAAAGGUCCAGCGAGGAAAAGCCGCGUCAGAGCUAACUCUGAGACAGAUGUUAAGAAGGAGCCUGGUGGCAGCAAAGCUGCUGGUGCAGAGAAACGUGUCUUUGCUGCAAGUAAAAGGGAGACCAUCACCUUCAAGAAGGCAGAGAAAGACUGGCAGAUGACUGAGGCUGGAGGUCAGGCCUCUAAAACUGCCAUGAAGAGAUCUGCUAAAGAGCCACAGUCUCUAUCCAAAGCACCCCUUAGUAGUAAGCAGAAUGGCAAAACAAAAAAUGUGCACUUUGUCGCAAAAUAACCUGUAUACACCCACAGUAUAGCGCUUUACUUAGUGUUUACCUGGUACAGGAGCUUGAAGCUAUGCCUGCUUUCUGUGUAAUCUGUGUAAUACUAACAUGUUACUGUUGUACAGCAGUCUAAAUCAGUGGUGUACAGCCUUCAAAAGGUUGAAACUAACAAGUGGUUUUUCAGCUAGACUAGAGAUAAAACAGCAAUGACUUAUAUGGAAAAACACUACAGUAGAACAGAAAUAUACACAUAUUGCAUUCAUUCAAAAUGAACAGUAGAUAUACAGUCAUAAUGUUGCACUGUGUGGUGAGAGAAGGCUUAUGAUGACCCUCAGCACUACGGGACUCUAUAUAAAAUGCUUCUAUGUAUUCCCAUUCUGUUGCACAGCACAGUCUAAUUUCCUUGUGCUAAAAAUAUUAAAAAAGGAGUUAAACAAGCAUCUACUGUACCACUUAAACAGCUCUCAGCAUAUGUAAAUCAUAGUGAAGUUUAAUGUAGUUAAUUGCAUUUUGGUUAUCUAAUAAAACAGUUGUUAGUAGAAAUUUUGAUGUUGAAAAGUCAUUGUUUUCAGUGCUCUUACUUUGUUUUUUUUUCUUCGUGCCUCAUAUUUAAGUCACAUGUUCAGUUUGAGCGUCUUUGGCUGAAAUGAAUGAGGUACAGUGAGUAAUGUACUGCAGCGCUGCACUGCAGGUUGUUUCUGAUAUAUUUGUGCAAUGGAUUUAUACCUUUGGUUUCAAGGGCUUUUUAUGUUUGAGCAGCUUGAAAUGUAGUCUAUGAUGAUGAACUGUAUUUUGAAUAGAGCCAAGCUCUUUCUAUCUUUGAGGGCGGUGUAAUGUUUGCUAUGAAUGUAAAUGCAUAUUUUUCCAAAUUUUGUAUACCAUAGUUAUAUUUCUGAAAAGUGUUGUGGUUGGCCUGUAUUCACUAUUGUUAUCAUUGUUUGUUUGACAUUUUACAUGUAGAAGAGCUAAAAGAAGAGCUGAAUGUAAAAUAAUGCUGUACUACUGGGUCAUUCCUAUGAUAAAGUGGAAUUGAAAUACAUCAUAGCAGGUAUGCUGUGACAGCUUAUGCUUCUACAUUUCACCUCCAUCUUCAGCUGCAUACUUGAAGUCUACAAAAAAAUAUGUUUACAUUAGUGUGUUUUCUGUUUGUCCUGACCUCUCACGCACACUCGAUUCAUGGAAACACUACAUUGUAAAUAAUGUGAUAUGUAUUCAUACUGCACCCCUCCUCUUAAUAUUUAUGGAAAGUAUCAAAGCCAUAGUCAAGAGACCAGGAGGCCGUGGUAUUAUAAAUGUGUACAUUAUGUUGACAAGCACGCAGAAAGAUUGUGGUAUGUAUUUUCACAAUGUUGAAUGCAAGUAUUUGUAAGGCAUAGAAAUAAAUGUUUUGCACUCAAGGGGUACUGACA